UUCUCUUCCAGUAUAGGUCGUAGGCGGCGCACCGUGACACGCUUCGCCUCCCUGCGUAGCACGCGAAUUUGUGACUGACCACGUGCUGUGAGCGAUCGCACGAGUCCCCGGCCGCCGGCGCACCGCACGCUCCACACACAGACUGAGACGCCAUGAGGAGGCACGCAAUAGUGCUGUUGGCUUACGUAGCCGCAGCGAGCGCUACACUUGAAGUCGUCAACCAAUGGAGCUUCAUGCAGUUCGACUUUCCCCCGGACCCAGUGCUUUUAGAAAAAUUCCAACCAGAGAACACCGUCCCCACGGGGCUCGAGAUAGGCUGGGAUAGAUUGUACCUUGGCAUUCCAAGGUUGAGGGCGGGAGUUCCCGCAACCUUAGCAUGGAUACCUCGAAGCCUGCCACCUGGCGUCAGUCCUGUUCUUCAGGCAUACCCUGAUUGGUCCUGGCACACAGCUGGCCGAGGCGACAUCAACUGCACAGGUCUGAUAUCCGUGUACCGAGUGCGCGCUGAUCGUUGCAACAGACUCUGGGUCUUGGACGCAGGUGUCGUCACCAGCAUCGACGACUUCAGAAGAGUCUGCCCCCCUAAGAUCCUCAUUUUCGAUAUGGCUACUGACCGUUUGGUACGAAGCGUGUACUUCCCUCGUGAACUGCUGCGCCCCAGUUCUCUGCUCACCAACUUAGUGCUGGAUGAUACGAGGUCUACCUCAUCUCGCCUGUCUUCAUCCUGCGACCAUCUCUUCGCUUACAUCAGUGAUACUGUUGCACCAGGUAUCAUCGUGUACGAUGGUCGUCGCGACAACGCAUGGAGAGUGACGCACGCGUCCAUGUACCCCGACCCCGACCUGGGCGAGUACGAUAUCGGCGGAGAGAGGUUCACCCUCAUGGACGGUAUCGUCGGGCUCGCUCACUCUCCUGCACAGGGCUUGCUCUACUACCAGCCACUGGCUACCGACAGAUUGUUCAGCGUGUCUACCGCGGUGCUGGCAUCAGGUCCCCCGGCCGAGGGUACUGACUUGCCGGUGAACCUGGUGGGCCGCAAGUCCUCGCAGGGUCUCGGUGUGGCGGUGGACCCGCGCGAUGACACCAUCAUCUUCAGCCCCAUGACAGAAACUGCCAUCGCCGCCUGGAACCCCAUCACUAACUCCCACAAGGUGCUGGCCCAGGACGCGGAGAAGUUGCAGUUCUGCGCGGAGGUGCGGUGGGCGGAGCGCGACAACGGCGCAGUGUGGGCACUGUCCACGCGGUUCCACAAGUUCUUCCGUCGCUCCGCGUCCAAACACGAGACGAACAUCCGCAUCCUUCGCGUGGUAGACAGUGGCUUCGUGUCGCUGCAGCCCCACGUGCUGCGCCGCGCCGCGCGCCAGUUCAACGCCACGCUCGGCCACUAGCGUCAUAUCACGUCUGCUGACGUCACCACGUCUCCUGACGUCACCACAUCCCAUGCAUGGAGAACAAAAUGCAAAGCGGAGAUGUCAUAAAACAAAAUCUCCUAAGAAUGUAGCGUCGCCAAAAUGCGGGAGUUCGGCGGACGAGGUACGACCUCGUUCGCAUUCUUUGGAACCCGCCUGCCUUGUGGCAUCUCCGCUAAUCUUUCUUCCUCCGUGGUCCCAUGACGUCAUGACGUUCACUGCCAAAGUAUCACAAUUUCCACGCGACAGUUAAACAUAUAGCUCUAUUGUUAAGCGCUGGUUCAAAUAAAUGUGUUCAGGAUGUAUUAGAGCUAAACUGUACCUAACGAUACGCUUGUUAGUUACCGGACACAGUUUCCAUAUUCAUGGGCAGUCUUAGUUUGUUAAGGAGUAUUGCUGGUCCUUAAUGUUCAGUUCAAUCUGCUAUAUAAUAAAAUUAAGGUAUUAAAUUAAUAUUUUUAGGGGUUAACAUUCUAAGGGCUAAAUAUUGCAGAUUUGGUGCUUUCUGAAAAAUAUGGGGAAUGCUAAUCAUUUAUUUGUAAAAAUUGGGUAAGUGCGAUCGCAAAAUAGUAGUUCCAUAACAAUGUGUAGUAAUUAAUAAGAGCAACUGAGACAUGCAAAAAAACAAUAGCACUAACCUGCUUUAAACAAACAUUCCGAAACUUUUUUUGGUAACCAUCCUAUCAUAAUUACAUUUUAUGCAACGCACGCUUAGCAAACAAUUUGGCAAACAUGCACGAAUAAAAAACUUUAACACUUUAGCGAGUUAUUAAUUCAAUAGAACGCGGUCGAUUGUCUCAGUUGCUUUAAGAUUAUAUUACCUAUCGCUGAGGUUAUUGAACUGAUAUUCGUUUGCAGAUUCGUGGCUUGUACUAGCGCUAACUAAACGCGUUACAAAAGGGGAAAUAAAACCGAGUUCACGCAAACAUUAUUCUGAAGGAAUAUUAUGUUUUGCGGAAUAUAUUUUAUUUAUAGUUUAUGUAGGGGUUGUAGAUAAUUGAUAUUAACGUACUUUCUUGUUUAAUUCAUUUAGUGACGUAGGUUGUUCUAAAGAGACCAAUCGUGAAUGCGUUUCAGUUACGUUUAUCUACAUUACUUACUCCGUACAAAUGGCAUGAAUUCUUGUAGGUACCUGUGUCAUGUUAAAGUCACUAGUUUUCGACUAUCUGUUGUCACAAUUUUUCUCAAAAAUUAUACAUGAGGAUUUUUUUGUUUGUUAGAUCAAUAACAUUUGACAGAUUUUAAGCAGUGGCUAUGCAGACAUAGAUAGGUACUUGUAUUCGCUCGCGAUUUGUGCUACUUAUCUCUCAACAAAAAUAUAUUUCGUGUUUCAUUAAUUGUUAGACUAUUUUGAUCAGAAAAUUAACUGUUCAAAUUACUCGGUCUGUUUGAUACAAAGGUGAUGAGAAGAGGCUAGUUUAAUAAUUUCCAUUUAUAAUUUAUUUACGUUAAUACAUCACGGUUGGAUUCUAGUUAGAAGUGUGAAUGUGUGUUUUGGAUAUGUUGAAAUGUUUGGGUAGAAAUUGGUUUUUUAUUUCACAUAGUCUUUCAUCCCUGAUUUCUGUUAUAUUGUGAUCUUACAUAUUUUAUUUCCCUUGUUCUUGUGUUAAAUAUACUCAGCCACUUGAAGCUUAUACCUUACCUCUUAAAGUGAAGCUUAUAUUUUUAUUGAAAUAGUUUAGUUCAAGAACAGUCGUAACUUACUAACAACAUAUUGGAACAUGGUGUAAGUUUAUUAAUUUUAAGGGUUAUGUCUACUUGAUUAAGUCAUCAUGUACUAACUUAAUUAAGUAAGGAAAACAAGUAGGACAUUUCAGGGUUACGAACUAUAAUCUAGAAAUACUCGAGCAAGGCUUUCUCUCGUGCCAUAGCGUUAUGGUAUUCAACCUUAUUUUAUGUCAACUUGUAAAUAAAUACAGUUCACGCUAGACUUAUUGGCUGUACCUAUGAAUAAGAAGAAGACAAUAAAGAUAUUACAUUUCAUUUAAUAAAUCAUCAUUGUCUUUCGAUAACCCGUCAUAUUCAGACACUAAAUUAUUUUUUAUGAUCUUUAAAUUAUAACUUAGGGAUUUUUUUUAUAAAAUCCUACGUGAAAUGCUAGAAACUUAUUCAGUUUUAUGGGUUUAUCCACAAGUGCAUCUUUAUCUCUCUUCACAUUAACUGAUAAAACAUUAAUAAAAAUGCAUUAUCGAUAGGUCAAUGAAAGUUCAAAACAACAUGGGCAUUAUUUUUUUCGUCGUUUGGUUUUUCCCGUUCAUUGAGGUACACCUACCUACAUUCUUUAAUAAAUAUUUACACAAUCAUUUACGUAGAACGUCUCUACGAAUUGUAAUGUUUGGCCAAUGAGUAUUUUUACGAUGUAGUAACUUCGAAAUUAUUCCUGGUAUCACUGGUAGGUAUUCAUAACUUAUGCAAUAUUGGUAGAUAAGUAUAAUCUUGUCAGGAUUUCAUUAAGAAUGUUCCUAGAGAGUUUCUUUAAUAUCUAAAAUUAAUUCUAUAUCUAAAAUUAAUUUCAGUGUCCUUACGUUAUUUCUAUCAGUUAGUGUGAGCAGCCCUUUCGAAUAAAGUUAAAGCUUAUGUAUCCUUUUAAUAAAUAAAGAUAUUUUCUUCUCUAAAGUUUGAAUACUUACGUUUUACGUUUCCGUUUUAAAUAAUGCUUCAGCUUCAGUAUUUUACCCACGGCAUUACCAUUUAUGGUUACCAUUAUAUGUAAAUAAUAUUCAUUCAUUAAAUACUACUUAAUUUAGUGGGAAUACGUUCUACUACAGCUCUUUAAUUAUAAUAUUAAGUUAACGACUUUUAUUCCGACAUAUAUUGAGCAUUUGGCCUAACUUUGUCUGUUAAUUUAUAAGCAAGAAUAUUUUUUGAAAAAAAUAAAAGUUUGCCUUCAUCACUUAAAGUCAAACAGCAAGAAUUAAUUUUAUGUCUGACAUCAUUCUAAUUAUCAAUGUUUGUUUUGCCGCAAAUAAAAAAUAUUAUUAUUGUAACCAGUUGUAAAUCAAGUGAUUGUGGUUUGAGAACCAGUCAGGAUUUUGUAAAAUAAUAAUAGUGUAUAAUAUGCCUAUCCUGUGCAAUACCUUACGUACACGAAUAUUUAUGUUAAUCUGAGUUCGCUUCUACGCUUUUGUAAAUUUCUCAUUCGCAUGAUUGUGCUUAUUUAUAGUUCUAUGUACUUAAGUAUUUCGAUACUUCUUCUUACAUGCUAUUUUAUAUUUUGAUAAUAAAAAAUCAAUUAAUAAAA